AUGGCGGACCGACUGGAGCGCAUGCUUGAGAAUCAGAAGAAGAGGGAAGCUGCCAUGCAGCAGAAGGCAGCCCAGGAACAGGCGGCCAAGGAGGCUACCCGCAAGGAAGCACUUGCACGAGCGCCUGCCCCUGCUGUGUCUGCCGCUGCCGCCGCUGCCGACAUCGUCGCACCUCUCGAGAACAACAGAAGGCUCAGGAAGUCCAUCCUGGCUCCGUUGCCUGCCGCGCAGCGUGGCAAGCCCACGCUGAUCGGCGGUGACCCCCAGGGCGAAAACAUCCUCUACUGCCUGGGCAAUGACGUCAUCAUCCGCUCCAUCCAAAACCCUCUCCACGCCGACCUGUACGUCGAGCACCCGCGCGCUACGACCGUGGCUCGUUACUCUCCCGACAGGCGUUGGAUUGCCUCCGCUGACGAAAGGGGUAUCGUGCGGGUUUGGCACGCGCAUGAGGUCGUACAGGGCGUCUACUUUAAGCUCAAGUCCGAGAAGCCCGCCCUGGCCGGCGCCGUGCUCGAUUUGGCCUGGUCUCCUGAUUCCACCAAGAUCGUCGCCGUGGGCCACGGUCGUGACAAGUACGGCGAAGUGUUCGACAUGGAAACCGGCUCGUCUCGUGGCAUCAUCACUGGCCAUUCCAAGGCCAUCAACUCCGUCGACUACCGGCCGAAGUCGCCCUUCCGCGUCAUCACUGGCGGUGAGGAUCUGACUCUCAACUGGUUCGAGGGUCCUCCCUUCAAGUGGCACCACGGCAUGCACGAGCACCAGAGAUUCGUGAACUGCGUGAGGUUCUCCCCCAAUGGCGACCUGGCCAUCUCUGUCGGUUCCGACAAGCUGGCGGUUCUUUUCGACGGCCAGACCGGGGAAAAGAAGGGCGCCUUCACGACCGAGCACACGGGCGGUAUUUACUGCGUCUCGUGGUCCCCGGACGGCUCUCAGGUGCUCACCUCUUCAGGCGAUAAGACCUGCAAGAUCUGGGACGUUGAGACCGGCAAGUCUGUCACCACGUUCACGUUCGGCAGCGCUGUGGAGGACCAGCAGGUGGGCUGUUUGUGGCAGGGCAACCACCUCCUCUCGCUCAACCUGCGAGGCCACCUCUCCUACCUCGACCCCAGCCGGCCCAACGAGCCCAUCAGGGUCAUCAAGGGCCACAACAAGUCGAUCGAGUCGCUGGCCUACCACAAGCCGUCCAACUCGCUGUACACGGGCUCCUACGAUGCCGUGGUGACCAGGUGGAACGAAACCGACGGCAGCAUGGAAGAGGUGGCCGGCGACGGCCACAAGAACUCCGUCAUCGCGCUGGCCAUUCAGGGCGAUAACCUGGUCAGUGCUGCCAUCGACGACUCCGUUCGGGUCACUCCCCAUGGCGCCGACUUCACUGGCCAGACCACCUCGGUGGGCGGUAAGCCCUUCGGCCUGGCCGUUUCACCCACUGAACCUGGCCUCAUCGUCACCGGCACCUUUGACCAAAAGGUCCACGUCAUCCGUGGUGGGCGCAUCGUGUCGUCCAAGGCCGUCGGAUGGACUCCGCUGUCCUUUGCGUUCUCAGCUGAUGGCCGCCAAGUGGCGGUGGGCGCCGACAACAACCGCAUCUACGUGUAUGACAUCUCCGGCGACACUCUCGCGAACGAGAAGACGCUCGAAGGCCACCGCGCCGGCGUGUCGGCUCUCGCCUUCUCGCCAGAUGGCCGCUACCUGGCCUCGGGCGACAAGAACAGGGAGAUUCUCAUCUGGCAGGAGGGCAAGAUUGCCAUCAAGGACUGGCAGUACCACUCCGCCAGGAUCAACAAGCUCGUCUGGAGCCCUGACUCCAAGUUCCUCGCCUCAGCUUCGCUCGACACCAACAUCAUCAUCUGGAGUGUUGAGACGCCCAACAAGCGGCUCACCAUCACCGCUGCCCACCACGGUGGCGUGAAUGACCUCACUUGGCUCGACCAGUCGACCCUUGCUUCUGUUGGUCAGGACUGCACCACCCGCACCUGGAAUGUACUCUGGGAGUAA